GCUCCCCGCGCCCCGCAGCGCGGCGCGUCCCCAGAGACCCCAGCCCCCCCCGUCCCGCAGCCCCGCGCGGUGCGGGAUCGCGGCCAUGGCUCCAAGGGGGGUGCGGAGCCCGGGCCGGGCUGUGCGGGGCGCAGACUGAGUGCGGGGCGCGGCGGGGCAGCAGGUGAGAGCGGGAGAGGGACGCGGGGACGCUCAGACGGGGACGGACGGUCGGAUAGGGGACACCGCGACAGGGGGACAGCGGGACACACGGACACGGGGACACACGGACACGGGGACAGCGCGAGAUGGGGAAGACGGGGGAUGAGGACAUCGCGACAUUUGGACACGGGGACACCGGGGCACGGGGACACCUGGACGUGGGACACGCGGACACGGGGUGCGAUGACGGAGGCUGAGUAUCACCGCGUGGAGGACCCCGAGGAGGAUUCCCCCCCGGGUGAGGAAGAGCUGCUGCUGCACGUCACCGAGGGGCGGCAAGGCUCCUGGCAUCACAUCAAGAACCUGGAUGAUUUCUUCACCAAGAUCUACCACUUCCACCAGAAGAACGGCUUCGCCUGCAUGCUGCUGUCAGACCUCUUCGAGCUGGGGCAGUUCGUGUUCGUGGUGGCCUUCAGCGCGUUCCUGCUGUGCUGUGUGCGCUACGAUGUGCUCUUCGCCGACCGACCGCUCAACCGCAGCCACGUUCCCCCCGAGCGCAGUAAGGUGACGCUGCCCGACGCGGUGCUGCCCGCGCCCCAGUGCGCACGGAGGAUCGCUGCCAGCGGUUGGCUCGUCUUCCUGCUGGCCAUGGCGGCGUUGUUCUGGCUGUGCCGCCUGCUGAAGGUGCUGCGCGGACUGCUCGCCUACUGGGACAUCCGCCGCUUCUACGGGGAGGCGCUGCGCAUCCCCGCGGGCGAGCUGUGCAACUACAGCUGGCAGGAAGUGCAGGCGCGGCUCAUCGCCCUGCAGCGCGAGCAGCAGCUCUGCGUGCACAAACGGGAGCUGACGGAGCUGGACAUCCACCACCGCAUCCUGCGCUUCAGCAACUACACCGUGGCCAUGGUCAACAAGUCGCUGCUUCCCGUGCGCUUCCGCCUGCCUCUGCUGGGCCCCGUCGUCUUCCUGACUCAGGGCCUGCACUACAACCUGGAGCUGCUGCUCUUCCGCGGCCCCGGCGCGCUCUUCCUCAACUCCUGGAGCCUGCGGCCGCAGUACAAGCGGGCGGGCGAGCGGCUGGCGCUGGCACGACGCCUGGCACGCAGCACUGUGCUGCUGGGAGCCGCCAACCUGCUGCUGUGCCCGCUGGUGUUGGUCUGGCAGCUGCUCUACGCCUUCUUCAGCUACGCCGAGGUGCUGCGGCGGCGGCCGGGCGUCCUGGGCACGCGGCGUUGGUCGCUGUACGGCCGCCUCUACCUGCGGCACUUCAACGAGCUGCAGCACGAGCUGACGGCACGGCUGGGCCGCGGGCACCGCCCGGCCACGCGCUACAUGAACUCCUUUGCCAGCCCCGUGCUGGCCGUGCUGGCACGUCAUGUCGCCUUCUUCGCCGGCUCCGUGCUGGCCGUGCUCAUCGCGCUCACCGUGUACGACGAGGACGUGCUGACGGUGCAGCACAUCCUCACUGCCAUCACGCUGCUGGGGCUGCUGCUCACCGUCGCCAGGUCAUUUAUCCCCGACGAGCACUCGGUGCAGUGCCCGGAGCAGCUGCUGCAGCGCGUCCUGGCGCACACGCACUACAUGCCGCAGCACUGGCAGGGCAGCGCCGGCGCGGCGGAGACGCGCACCGAGAUGGCCCAGCUCUUCCAAUACAAAGCGGUGUUCAUCCUGGAGGAGCUGCUCAGCCCCAUCCUCACGCCGCUCAUCCUCAUCUUCGCGCUGCCCUCCCGCGCUCUCGACAUCGUCGACUUCUUCCGUAACUUCACGGUGGAGGUGGUGGGCGUGGGGGACGUCUGCUCCUUCGCGCAGCUGGACGUGCGCCGCCACGGGAACCCGCAGUGGCUGUCGGAGGGGCAAACGGAGGCCUCCGUGUACCAGCGGGCGGAGAACGGCAAGACGGAGCUGUCGCUGAUGCACUUCGCCAUCUCCAACCCGCGCUGGCAGCCGCCGCCGCACAGCGGGCUGUUCCUCAGCCACGUGAAGGAGCGGCUGCAGAGGGAUGCGGCCCCGCACGGCCCGGCCGAGGGCGCACUGCGUGCAUCCCUGCUUGGGGACGGCUCCGCUGCGCCGGACGCCCUGCUCACCAGUGUCCUGGCCCACCCACUGCUGGCGGCCAGCGGUCUGGUGCCCCGGGACCGGCGCUUCACCCAGCCCUGCAGCACAGCCAGCGCUGCUGCCAGUGUCCUGCUGUCCCUGUCAUCCCCACUGCCUGGGAGGGGACACGGCCCUUUGGAGAGCCCUGAGCGCCCAUUGCCCGAGAGCCCAGUGCUCAGUGAGUCGCGUCUGCUCAGCCUGAGCCGCUCAGCCGUGCUGGCCGAGGUGGCCUCUGCCGAGAUGAGCCUGCAUGCCAUCUACAUACACGAGCUCCACCUGCAGCAGCAGCAGAGCCCUGUGGGGCUGUGGGCGGCGGCAGGGGCUCCCAAGAGGCCCUCGGUGACCACAGGCUCGGCCGCCCGCGCCUCGCAGCACGAGCUCCGGGAGAUGCCGCUGGGUGGCUGGGCUGAGGAGGAUGAGGAGGAUGAAGAUGAGGAGGAAGAGCAGACGACGAGGUAGCUGUGCUGCAUGCAGCUCUGGUGAGCGCAGCCCCGGCUCCGGAAUAUCGGUGCCCACUGGAGGAUCGUCUGGGGGUCUGCCCAUGGGGACCCCCAUCCAGCUGCAUCCCCACGCAGUGUGGGGCCGUGGUGCUGCUGGGUGCUCCCGCCCCCCCCAGGUGCUAUAUUUAUAUGGGGGGCAUGACACUGUGGGGUGCAGCUCUGAGCCCAUGUGGGUCAGGGCCCCCCCACCUGCUGUGGUCAUGGUGGGGGCAGUGCUGGGCCCUGAGCAGCCCCGGGGGCAAAUAAAGGUUUACAGAGUGUUGUGCUGUGCUGAGUGCUGCA